AUGGCACGCCCAAAGAAGGUAGACGAUAAACCAAAGGAAGCUGCGGAUGGAGCAACUUUACAAAUUGAUGUUGCAAGCUUUGUGAGAACUAGAGAUACUAAGGAAAGGAAGAAGAGACAACAUGAUCCAAAUGCGCCAAAGCGUCCUCUCACUCCCUUCUUCCUCUACAUGCAAACAGCUCGUCCUAUUAUCGCAAAAGAUCUCGGUGAUGUUCCCAAGGGAGAGGUUUCUAGCGAAGGUACGAAAAGAUGGACUGAUAUGGCUCCCAAGGAUAAAGCGCUUUGGCAAGAUGCUUACAAGGACAAUCUCCGUUUGUAUAAUGCGCGCAUGCACUCCUAUCGCAGAGGUAACCUUUCCGCCAAGGAGAUGAGUGAUGAUGCUGCCGCCGCAUAUGCUGAUGAGAACAACAUUGGUGCUGAUGCCUCAGCGGAUGCUCAACUCGUAGGAGAAGCCAGUGCCGGAGUUACAGCUACAGUUGAGGAGGAAGAAGAUGCAGAAGGUGAACCUGAGCCUGAAGCUGAAGCCGAAGCUGAAGUAGAGAAAUCACCAACCCCUGCCCCAAAGACACCAAAGGCCAAAGGUCGUAAAUCAAAGGGUAAAUCCGAAGUCGCCGAAGAAAUCCCCGCUCCAUCCUCCGCUUCUAUUGUACCACCUCAAAAGGAGGCAAGCCCAGCUAGAAAACGUAAGCGUUCAGGCAAAAAGGGAGAUGAACCCGUUGCUACCACUGAGCAAGAAGAAGCAACAAUUGAAACACCAAAAUCUGCACCAAAGUCUAGAAAGAAGAAGACCAAGACUGAUGCUUAG